AUGAACAUGGAAGUCGUCAAAGAAAUUUUAAAAGUUAUUGGAAUUAUUGUUUUGAUUUAUUUAUUUAAAGCAGUCCAUAACAUUAUAUAUAUAGCAUAUUUUGGACCAUUAAGUAAACUUCCAGGUCCAAAAUUAUUUUUCUUGUCAAGGUUAUUUAUAUCUUUUCAACAAUUUACCGGUAAAAGAUGGGAAUUCAUACAAUUUAAAAUAAUUCCAAAAUAUGGUAGAAUAGUUAGGCUUGGACCAGAACUUGUCUUAAUCGCAGAUAAGGAUUUAAUUAAAGAUAUGGUUGUAACAAGUGAAUUUCCAAAAAGCAGAAACUAUCUGAGAAUUCGGGCGGAUUCCAGCAGCGAGACUUUAUUUUCUACAAUUGACAAGAAAUUUCACAAACAACGCCGUAGAACUUUAUCACCAGCAUUUUCUAUAAAGUACAUGUCAUCACUUGAACCAUUGAUGGAAACUUGUAUUAAAGAUCUAAUAAUUAAAGAUAUAAUCGGAGAGACGUCGUUUGGUGGUAAAUUUGAUGGUAUAAAAACUGUUAAUCAUCCUUUACCAGGCAAAGUUUGGUUAGAAUUACGUAGAAGAAUUUUGAGAUCAAUGCUUCCAUUAUUAAAACCAUUUUUUAGAAUGGAUCCUUAUUUAAAAGAGUUUUCAGAUUCAUUGAUUAAAAAAAGAAUGAAAGAAAAACCAAAAAAAGACAUAUUACAAUUUAUUGUUGACGCGGCAAAUGAUGAAAACAACGAAAAUAAAAUGACGGAUUUUGAAAUAUUUGAUCAAAUAUUUGAAUUUUUGUACGAUGAUACAGUUUCAUUCACGACUUCAAUGGCAAUAAUAUUAUUGGCAAGACAUCCUGAAAAACUAAACAAACUUUACAAUGAAAUCAAGGCUUCAAAUAAAAGUAAAGAUAUCGAUGAUGGAUAUUAUGAUGGUGAGAAUGGGGCGUUACUUAAACAUGAGCAACUUAAAGGGUUACCGUAUCUGAACGCUGUUAUUCAUGAAACCAUGAGAUUAUGGCCUGUAGUUUUGGAUGGCGGAAUCGGUAGGGCACCAACUGAAGAUAUCAUUGUUAAAGGAUAUUUAAUACCAAAGGAUACAAAUUUAAUGAUAAAUUAUUAUACGCUGCAUCACGAUCCUGAAUAUUGGGGAGCAGAUGUGGAAAAUUUUAUUCCUGAAAGAUGGUUCGAUAUUGACAAAUUACCAAAGGACUCGUUUUAUCCAUUUUCUGCAGGUGCGAGAAAUUGUAUUGGACAAAAUUUUGCAAUGAUGGAAAUGAGAUUAAUCAUUGGCUCGUUGAUUUAUAAAUAUGAUAUAGAAAAUUUACCAAAUCAAAAUAUCGACAUUGUACACUAUUUUACACCAAUGCCAAGAGACCAAUGUUAUCAAUUAAAGUUUCGUAAACGCCAACAGACGCAACGCGUAAAUGAAUGA